CAUUCCAUGCUCCUUCUACAGCCCUGCGAAUCCGCGGCCCCAAGUAGUAGAUCGUGGUAAAAUUUACUGGAGGGGAUUUUUUUGUUUUGCUCUGUUCGACGAACUGGCUGGGGGAUUUUAGGCCGUCGGAAGGGGGAUCGGCCACGGGUUUGGCCCCGCGGGAUCUGGUUGGUUGGCUGGUUGGUUGCCGUGAGAAAACCCUAGUUCGUCGUUGUGGCAGGGUAGGGGGCCCCCAAAUUAGCCCUUCAUGUGUGACAAGUCAUGCCCGAGGGCCGAGGGUUUUCGUCGGUUGGAUCGAUCGAUGCGGCUCUUCGUAGAUCGGUCAUGGGGUUAAUUAGCCAGUGUUGUUAUGGAAUUAGGUGUCAGGAUGCGUAAUAAGGCUAAAAUAUGGCGCUACUUGCACUUGGUUUGGUUCAGAGAACCCGAAAAUUCUCCCCGAUUGGUUAAUCAAUCAUGUAUGUGCGCCCUUCAUGUUUGAUUAGUACAUGCAUGUUUCACCUGUCCUGUAUGGAUAGAUUGCUGCUUGUUAGGCACGAUGGUGCAUGGACAUGGUUUGGUCACAUGGAAAUUGGGAUGGGAAUUGGGUAGGCAGGUCGGCACGAAUGGUUGGCUGUUGCUGCCCUGUUUAUUUUAGUCAGAGGAUCAUGUCUGAUGAGCGGCGGAGCCAGCUCGGCCGGUGAGACGGGGCAAAGUCCAAGACGCUCCUGCCCGCCGGUUGUUUGCCCAUGCAAAAUGAUGCUUGGCUCUUCAUUAAUUACUAAUGAUCAAAGAAGAAUGCAUGGCACAGCCCGGGCAGCUGCCCCGGCUAGCCGGGAGGUGGCUCCGCCACUGUGUCUCUAUACCGACAAGAACAUAUAUUAGCACCUGUUACAUACAGUACAUCAUGUGUUUAGUGGAAUUUCAUGUGCUUAAAGACAGCAAGAUUUCUGUCCUGUAAUUCGAGUACUAUGCUUGGGGGGACAGCAACAUUUCUCUAUAUAUCGUGUACUAACAUUUGUCUGAUCAUGAUAUGUGCAGUUAGAUCCUUCGAGAGCAAUGGGAGGAGGCAAUGAUGGUCAUGGGUACCCACCCGGUGGCCAGGGGGGAUACCCUCCGGCAGGGUACCCGCCGCAGCAGGGAGGUUACCCUCCACAGCAAGGAGGUUACCCUCCACAGCAAGGAUACCCGCCUGCACCUGGAGCUUACCCACCUGCACCUGGGGCAUACCCUCCUGCACCUGGGGCGUACCCUCCUGCACCUGGAGCGGGAGGCCCUGACGGGGAGAAGGGGCUCCUCUCCAACAUCAUGCAUGGUGUUGCCGGUGCUCAUGGUGGUGGUCAUGGCUACCCAUCUGGUGGCCACGGGUACCCCCCGCAGCAGCAUGGAUACCCUCAGCAAGGCUACCCUCCUCAGCAUGGCUACCCACCGCAGCAGCAUGGCUACCCUCCACAGCAGCAUGGCUACCCCCCUGCUGGCUACCCUGGCUCAUCUGGUCACAGUGGUAGCCAUGGAGGAGGAGGCAUGGGCAUGGGUGGCAUGCUGGCUGGAGGAGCAGCAGCUGCUGCCGCCGCUUACGGAGCACACAAGCUUUCUCACGGCGGCCACGGUGGAGGUGGACAUAUGAUGGGAGGCAUGAUGGGCGGCCACGGAGGCUACGGCGGCGGGUACGGCCACCACGGCGGCAAGUUCAAGCACGGGAAGCACGGCCACGGCAAGUUCAAGCACGGCAAGCAUGGGAAGCACGGCAUGUUCGGCGGCGGCGGCAAGUUCAAGAAGUGGAAGUAAUGCUGCUAGCUGGUAGCUUCACCAUGGCUGAUGAAUCAAAAAAAAAAAAAACCUAAACUCUUCGUGUAGGCUUCCGGAACUUGGUUUGGUCAGGGAAAGCCUUUGAGAUGUAUCUAAGCAGGGUGUGGUGUGGUUGCUGCUCGAUCUCGUGGAGCUUCCUUACUUUGCUCUAUAUGAUUUGGCACUCUAGUUUGCGUCUGUGACAAGAUAUGACUUGCUCUAAUAAGUACCUGAAUUCUGUCUGGUGCUA